CAGUAUGGAUAACCAAAAGGGCCUCCCACAAUAGACAUGGCAUUCUGGGGCCUGGAGCUUGGGCCUUGUUUCUUCCCUGCAAUUGCGUGGUUUUCACGCUGGAAUUCGUUUCCUGACAAUCCAAACCGCUUAGAGAGUCCAUAUGCAAACAGUGAUAAUUCCUGGCUGAAACUGAAGAUGAAAAUGCGUCUUCAAGGAGUUUCAGUUUCUUCGUUUGUGUUAGUAUUGUCGUUGUUAGUAUUGAUAAAUGAAUCCAAAGGAGCCUAUGCAUCGAAUUCAGCAUCGGCUUUUGUACAGAAUGUCAUCCACUCCCAAAGGAUUGUCAUCUUCUCCAAAUCCUACUGCCCGUAUUGCAUGCGUGCCAAGCGCAUAUUCAGUGAACUACAUGAGCAACCAUAUGUUGUGGAACUAGAUCUUCGAGAUGAUGGGGCUCAAAUUCAGUAUGUUCUUCUGGAUCUAGUAGGCCGACGCACUGUCCCACAAGUAUUUGUGAAUGGCAAGCAUAUUGGUGGCUCUGAUGAUCUCAAAGCUGCUGUCCAGAGUGGUCAAUUGCAGAAACUUUUGGCUACGGAUUGAUGGGAGAAGUGGAAAGUUCAGAGACAAUAGCUUUGAACUGAAGCUGCGGCUGGUGCUAAAAAAAUACAAUUAGAGCUCCAAGUAAAAUCUGUGUUGAGAGUAUGUCUCUGUAGGCUGUAGCUCCAUGACACUAACAACUUAUGUUGAUGGAGAGUGUUAAGUUCAUCAGUCCAAAAGUCUGAGGUUCAAGUCAAAGAGUAGAUCACUUGUCUAGUUUUAUCAUCUAAUCACUUGACAAGCUGAAUCUGAUUACGUUCUUUUUUGUGUUUAAAAUUCAUUAGGGGAUAGAUUCUUUACUAGAUGUCUUAGCCAUUUAGGAUCGCUAGGUAAUUUUUGCGUUUUAUAUGCAUUACCAGGAUACUUUAAGCAUUGAAAAUGUUUUUGUAUUUGAAAUGAGGCAUGGAAAAUUUUCUUCUAAGAAGGUGGGAUGAUCACCCGGUUUUCAUGGGGUUAUGCCGCAUUGUUUGAAUAUACGCCAGAUUGAGUUUUCUGCA